AUGCCUGUCCUCAUCCUACAGGAGCUGAGCCCCUGGACAGACGAACUGCCCAGCAGUGCAGAGUGGUACUUGUGGGACUAUGAUGCCAAGACACCAGCCCUGCCCGAGCUGUGUGAAAAGGAGACCAUCCGCGCAGUGGCACGAGUCUACCUGCCAGUGAUGGCUGCCCUGUUCUGCCUGCCGGGGAUCCUAGGCAACGGGGUGCUCUUGCUGAUCCAGGCCUGUUACCGCCGCAGCCGGUCCCUCGGCGACAUCCUCCUCUUGCACUUGGCAGCCUCCGAUUUGCUGCUGCUCCUGGCUCUCCCCGUGGGUGUGGCUGGGGUGGUGGGCAGCUGGCGCCUGGGCUCUGCUGCGUGCCAGGCCCUGCAGGGCCUUCAUGCCCUCACCUGCUACAGCGGCUUCCUCUUCCUCAUGGGCCUCACCGUGGACCGCUACGUGGCCAUUGUGCAGGCCCCCACUGCCCACCGCCUGCGCCCCACGGCUGCCCGCUGGGGCAGGCUGAGCUCUGUGCUGGUGUGGCUGCUCUCGGCGGCUCUUGCCCUGCCCCAGUUCCUGUAUGCCAGGGUGGAGGAGGACGGGGGCUUCGCACUCUGCAGGGUGGCUGUUGUGACGGCUGCAGUGAGCCUGGUGCAGGUGGGCCUUGGCUUCGUCCUGCCCUUUGUGGUCAUGGGAGUCUGCUAUGCUGCCAUUGCCCACACCCUGCUGUCCUCCCCUGGUGUCCAGUCCCAGAAGGCCUUACAGCUGAUCUUUGCUUUGGUCUUGCUCUUCAUUGCCUUGCAGUUGCCCUACGCUCUGCUGACUGUCCUGGACACGGCUGAUCUGAUGGCUCGCCAGUCCUCCAGCUGCCCAGCCAUCCUCCAGCGGGAGCUGGCCCUGCUCCUCACCAGUGGCCUGGCCUUGGCUCGCUGCUGCCUGAACCCCGUCUUCCAUGCUUUCCUGGGUGUGCGCUUCCGGAGGGAUCUACAGCAGCUGGGCAAAGACGCCAGCUGCCGGUUGCACAGAGCAUGCUGUGGCAAAAGGACCAAGAAAAGAGGUGUCAGGCGGGCAUCGCUCACCACUGCCUAUCUGGAAGGAACAUCAGGAGCACCAUGA